AUGCAUAUCAAGGAAAAGCUGGCCCAUUCGGAGGCCUCUGGCCGCCCAAGUAUAUCCUUUGAGUUCUUCCCACCCAAAACCGCUCAGGGUGUACAGAAUCUGUACGACCGCAUGGACCGCAUGCAUGGGCUUGGACCUGCGUUCAUAGACAUAACUUGGGGAGCUGGAGGUCGGUUAUCUGACUUGACAUGCGAAAUGGUCAAUACCUCACAGUCUGUCUAUGGCCUUGAAACAUGUAUGCACCUGACUUGUACCGAUAUGCCACGUGAAAAAGUCGAUUCGGCCUUGCAGUCUGCGUUUAAGGCUGGCUGCACCAACAUUUUGGCGCUUCGUGGUGAUCCUCCCCGAGAAAAAGAGUCUUGGGCUCCUACAGAGGGUGGAUUCCGCUAUGCGAAGGAUCUUGUGAAAUAUAUUCGGGAGAAAUAUGGGAAUCAUUUUGAUAUUGGAGUCGCAGGUUAUCCAGAGGGGUGCGAAGACCAAGAGGACCCCGUGAUUUUGAUGGCGCAUUUAAAGGAGAAAGUCGAGGCUGGUGGCACUUUUAUCAUCACACAAAUGUUCUACGACGCUGACAUUUUUAUCGAUUGGGUCCGGAGGUGCCGAGAAAACGGCAUCAAGGUUCCCAUUCUGCCCGGAAUCAUGCCUAUCUCUACUUAUGCGUCAUUCCUAAGAAGAUCUAAUUGGGUCAAGUGCCAUGUUCCACCUUCAUGGAUGGAAGCACUGGAGCCUGUCAAAAAUGACGACGCUGCCGUGAAACAGGUUGGAAAAAGGCUCAUUGCCGAUAUGUGCAAAAAGCUUAUCGAAUCUGGAAUCUAUCACCUGCAUUUUUACACAAUGAAUCUCGCACAAGCCACAAUGAUGGUUCUUGAGGAGCUGAAUUUAGCCCCAUCAAACGAAACACCGCUGCAGAAACCUCUCCCUUGGCGUCAAUCGUUGGGCCUCGGUCGACGAGAGGAAGAUGUUCGUCCAAUUUUCUGGAGACAUCGGCAUCAAUCAUAUGUUGCUCGUACCCAAAUUUGGGACGAAUUUCCCAACGGCCGUUGGACCGAUUCACGGUCUCCUGCAUUUGGUGAACUUGAUGCCUACGGCAUUGGCCUAAAGGGGUCCAAUGAACAGAAUAUUCAGCUUUGGGGGCAACCAAAAUCUAUCAGAGAUUUAUCUGACAUUUUCAUUCGAUUCCUGGAAAACAAACUUGACAGACUGCCCUGGAGUGAGGGCUCUGUCACAGACGAAACGGACGUCAUUAAGGCAGAUCUAAUUGAUCUUAAUAACAGAGGAUUUCUCACCAUCAACUCUCAGCCAGCUGUCAAUGGUUCACCAUCGUCGCACCCUGUAUAUGGAUGGGGGCCUAAGAACGGUUACGUUUAUCAAAAGGCAUACCUUGAGCUGCUUAUUCAUCCAGAGUUGAUUGAAGAAGUAAUCUCGCGUAUUGGAAUGAACGAAGAUCUUACCUACUAUGCAAUCAACAAAAAGGGGGAACUAAGGACUAAUACCAGUGAUAGUCCAAACGCCGUGACUUGGGGUAUUUUUGCCUCCAAGGAGGUCAUUCAACCUACUAUUGUCGAGACCGUCAGUUUUCUCGCAUGGAAAGAUGAGGCGUAUCGUCUUGGUGAUGAUUGGGCGAAAUGCCAUAGCGCCAGUAGCCCAAGCAGACAGUUAAUUCAGGGUGUCAUGGAUGAGUGGUACCUUAUUAAUAUUGUUAACAACGAUUUCCACAAAACACACGAUAUCUUUAAUCUAUUUAGUGAUCUUGUUGUAGACGGUCUUGACGUCGAGGCAACGGGAAGCACGGAGCCUGUCAGCCAAUCGCCCAAUGAAAGCCCAGAGCAAUCCCAAGAUACCGACUUUGGGCAGACGAAGGAGAUCCCCACGAUAGCUAGUGGGAGUUCCAACUAA